ACUGGAAAGUGUCCGCCCACUGCCAAGUUUCAGUUAGACUUGUUUUUAAUGCCAUCGCUUAUAGCUGUUAAACGUCAGUCACUCCUGUUAGUCUCAGAACACGAGGCUAGGGAUUAAGAACAACAAACAAUAACCAUGCAGUCAAACUUCAGGACUGAGCGAGAAUGGGUCCGCACGAGCAUGCGCACCCCGGGGAUCCUGAUCUUCGGGAUGGUGAUGGCUCCCUGCGGAUGGAUCCUGAACCUCGUCACUACCGUGGCCCCAAACUGGAGAACCCUCCAAGGUUUCAUUAACCUUCCACCUGAUCGUGUCAUCGAGCAAGGGAUCUUUGACAUCUGCAUCGCCUCCACGGCCACUGAAAGACAGCAGUGUAAUCAAAAGGACACCACUUACUUCUCAAACAAUAUCAUUAAUAUCGCUAAAGGUAUGAUGCUGGCCUCGCUGAUCGUGACUCUGAUUGGGAUUGCUGUGGCCAUCCCAGGGGUGCGGUGCUGGAGAGCAAGACCUCAGUGGGCGAUCUGCACAGUGGCCGGCGUACUUAUCUUCUGCUCGGGCGUCCUGACCAUCAUCCCCGUCGCCUGGUACACCCACAUCCUCCAAGAUAUCACUACAGGCACCCAGCGGAUAGAUGUCCGCGUCGGCUACUGCAUCGUGCUGGGCUACAUUGGCGGGAUUUUUGAAGUUCUGGGUGGCUUCGUGAUGGUCCUCGGUUGCCGUCGCUGCUGCGGUGGGAAGAACCGCGGAGAGAGGCCGAUUGAGCAAGUCCUCGGCUCAAGGAGCCAGGCACAAAGGACACCUAGACGUGUGGACGUGCCCAGCCUGACCCCCACCAGGAGCGGCGCCGCCAGCAGCAUCCCGGAGUCCAACAGGUACUCCCUCGAUGAUGAUGUGUCUUUCCCCCGGGCCAAGAGCCCCUCGGCCCGCUCAGGACUCAGUAACCCCUCCUUCAACGGCAAGCCCUACGACGUUGAUCUAUGAGACCCAUCUGGAGAAGGAAAAUGAGUCAGGGACAUAACUUUGUCACAAAAGAAAAAGUGGACAAAAGGGAGAAGACUGGGAACAUGAAAUGAGGAGUAUUGUAGUUUUUAAAUAGGCAAAGCAUCAAGUAUAAAAGUUACAUUUGUUGUAUUUGGAGAACAAAAAACAUCAUGUCCGGCAAGAGGUCAACGUGUGUUAUUAAACACUUGAUUAUGAAGAAAAUACUUUCAGAAAUUUAAAGAAAAGUUGAUGUGAAGAGAACUUUUUGCUGUCCGUGAUCCUUAGAUGAAACUGAACACACGUUGUAGAUACUCAAUGUUUACCUUUAACGUUUACCUUUCUAUGUUUUUGUAUUUCUAUUAUAUGUAAAUACCAUGUUCUUAUGCACUUUAUGGUUUAUGAAAAGCAAUCUAUUGGAAGAAGCAUCUCCAGGUGAACAAUGUUUGCCAUAUGUUCUAAAUAUCUUUAUUACAUGUGCACUGUUUCA